UCCAAAAGCUUGAAACCCAAGUCAUCUUUGACUGUUUUAUACAGAAAAUCAAGUUUGCCACGUUCAGGAUUUUGGCAGCUAUAAAUGCUUGUAGGAGAGCUUGGUAAUUGGUUAACUUAUAGAGAAAAAACAAGGGUUUUCUUCACUUUUCAAUAUUAUAUAAUUGUUAUAAACCAAAUAUAAGUUUUUGUGCCCCCCUGGAGAGAAAAUAUUAAGGAGAUUAUGGUGAAAGAAGCAGGGAGAAAGUGUUCUUAUUGUGGAUAUAAUGGCCAUAAUUCAAGAACUUGUAAUGGGAAAGGAGGUUGUAUCAAGAUUUUUGGUGUGAAUAUAGCUGCCAUGGAAAAGCAAGAAAUUUUCAUGAAGAAAAGUCAUAGCAUGGGAAAUCUGCAGUCUCAUGCUGAAAAUAACAAUGCUGCUGCUGUCCAUGAUGAUGGGUAUUUAUCUGAUGGGCAGAUUCAUUCCAAGAAAAACAAAGCAGCCCAUGAAAGAAAAAGAGGGAAGCCUUGGACCGAAGAGGAGCAUAGAAUCUUCUUGACAGGUUUGAGAAAGCUGGGGAAAGGUAAUUGGAGAGGAAUUUCAAAGAAUUUUGUGACCAAUAGGACCCCAACACAAGUUGCUAGCCAUGCACAAAAAUAUUUUCUGAGGCAGGCUGGGACUGACAAGAAGAAACGCAGACCAAGCCUAUUUGACCUGGCUUUUCAAGAAUCCGAAUCUAAAGCAAGUCCGCCCGGUUCUCCCUCCGAAGAAACUACUAGAAAUUCAUCUCAGAUUGUGAACCGAUUUCCACAUCUUUGCUUGGAUGAUCGUCCAGUCACGUCACUGACUGCAUCUCAUAGUUUUCCAACUUAUUAUCACGGAACUCAGCCCAUGACAGGAGCACCCAAUAGACAAUGCUUUCCAGAAGCUCAAAUGAUACCAUCUCUACCAUUUCUGCAUGCAAUGAAUGAUGCAGGGCCGCCUUAUGGUUACAUGGCUAAAGCCCUUGGCAAUGUAGCUAUCUGCGCACCAGCUGCUCACCCCUGUGGUAUACCUUUGCCAGGGUUAGUUCAGCACAGAAUGUUUCGAGCAUGCCCUGGUGCUUCAUCAAUGGAGAAGGAUAUUUUGGAGCUUAAGAUCGGGCCUCCUCAAUCAUCAAAAAAUACAAGUCUGACAUCUCAGGCAUCCAUUAGGGUGAUCUGAGAAAAAAUGUCAUGUGAUGUUUAUUUAUUAAUUUUUUGCACAAACAUGACCAGAUUUAGAACUCAAGUCAGUCUAUUUAUUUCAUCCAUAAUCUUCAGAGCUACAGUUCAAAUGUCCAGUUUGAAACAACUCUUCCAGCUCUGCCAGAAAAACAAGUGCCUCUUGCGUCGGCUAUUCAAGAUUUAAAGAAUUUGAUAAUAAACAUGAUUUCAGCUUUUGCGAGACUGAGAUUUGCAGGACCAAUCAUCUUAACCCAUUUUUAGCACCAAAAUAUAAAAUAAAAUUGAAAAAACUGUCAUGAUAUUACUAUGAUUUAAAUUUUACGUGUUUUUCUUUCAUUGCUUGAUGCUGGAACAUAGAAGCCUGGGCAACCAUUCAUCCACACUAUGGUUCAAAACUUCAAAAUAUGGCUUCCAUGGAAAAAUCGAAAAUGAGGAAAUAUGACAUUACUACUAUCAAGCAACACAAUUUGUACAGGCGGUUAAUAAUAAACUGUAAAAAGAA